AUGUCUGCAGCCCCGCGUCCACCAUUCUUGCCGGGCAGUUUAGAGGAGUUCACUGAACAUGCUGCAACCCACCACUCUGAAUGGUUUCAAUACUGUCGCCUUGCUUAUGAGUAUAUUGAGGAGGCAGAGGCUGCUAUUACUGAAGCAAGAGGACAAGCUGAUCAGACCAGCCUGAAGCUUCAAGCCUCUGAAACGGAAGUGAGCCGCCUGAAGGAAGAACUCUCUGCCCUACACCUCAAACAAGAGAAAAACCAAGCCCGAGACCAGGGAAUCAUUGAAUAUCAGAAGGAACAACUACGGGAAUCACAGCAGAAAUAUCUUGAAGCCUUGAAGGAAAAGGAUGAAGCACUACGCCUAGCAACUCCUGUGUUGCUCCGGUGGGAACGCCUGCGUCGGUUGAUCCCCCAUCUACCAGCUCUGCCAGACUCUCUGAACGCCUACCUGACCCAGACCGAUUUGAAGGUGACCGGAAGGAUCUUCGCCGAUUCAUCUCCCAAAUCCAUGAGAAGAUGA